UCCCGCCGCGGUGGGGCCGCGGCGGCGCCGCCGAUGCUGCUGCCGGCCGGGUGCCUGCGGCGGGUCGUGGCCGUGCUCUCGUUGUCCGUGGUGCUGUCGGCCCGGAGCGCUGCCCAGCGCCGCCCGGCGCGCAGUAACUCAUCUGCAAACUGUUGGUCCCAUCUUCAUCCUGUGAAUAUGUUCAACAGUUACAAUGUUAAGUUCUACCACAGCAAAGCUCUCACCUCCCCAUAUCCAAGAUCACACGUUGAGCGCAGCCACGUUCCUGAAGAUAAAGUGGACUGGCUGACAGAAUGGAAAGAUUAUAAUCCUGUGGAGUACACUGCAAAGUCUGUUUUGGCUGGACCCAGUUGGGCAGAUCCCCAAAUCAAUGAUAACGGUUUUUCUCCCAAAUUCAAUGAGAGGGAUGGAGAAGUGGAGAGGAAGAGUCUGAAUGGCUUGUAUGUGGUUGAAAAUGGGAGACCCCGAAAUCCAGUGGGAAGGACUGGUCUCACAGGCAGAGGAUUGUUAGGGCGCUGGGGACCAAACCACGCUGCUGAUCCCGUCGUAACUAGGUGGAAAAGGGAUGGAAGUGGCAAUAAAGUUGCUCAUCCAGUUACUGGCAAAAACAUCUUGCAGUUCGUGGCUAUCAAGAGGAGAGACUGUGGGGAGUGGGCCAUUCCAGGGGGGAUGGUGGACCCCGGGGAGAAGAUCAGCGCUACCCUGAGGCGGGAAUUUGAGGAGGAGGCCUUGAACUCUUUGCAGAAAUCACCUGAGGAGAAAGCAAAAUUGCAGAAGCAGCUCCAGAAGCUGUUCAGCCAGGAACACUUUGUGGUGUACCGAGGAUAUGUGGAUGACCCUCGUAACACUGAUAAUGCCUGGAUGGAGACAGAGGCUGUGAACUAUCAUGAUGAAACAGGUGAGACAAUGGAUAAUUUGCCUCUGGAAGCAGGUGAUGAUGCUGGAGCAGUGAAGUGGGUUGACAUCAGUGAGAAGCUUGAGCUGUAUGCAAGUCAUAGCUACUUCAUUAAGCUUGUGACUGAGAAAUGGGGAGCCCACUGGAGUGAGGAUCCUGAACCUGAGUGCCAUGAGUGAUGUCAACGAGGAACUGACAGACAUCAAGAGGAGAAUAUGUUUUCCAGCCUUGAAACAGAUGACAUUGUCAUUUUCAGAGGAAAUUCAGUGAAAAUUUCUGUGAAUUUCAGCUGGAAAAAACAAUGGACAGUGAUAAAUUCAAGUUUUUUCAGAGACUUGAGAUUGCUUCUUUUGAUGUCUUAGUUAGUGUGAAAUGAGAUGAAGGAGGAGCUCUGACCUUGAUUUGCUUUCUUGUCUUCAUUAUUUGCAGCUGUUUCAUCAUAUCUGCUGAUCUGCACUGCCUCACUGGGAUUCUGACUGGUGGUGGUUCAGAGGCUGUUCACUUUAGCUCUGUGUUUUUUGCACUGAUUCCUUGUCAGAAAGGAAUCCUUAAGGGAUGUGAGACUUGUAGGAUAACCUGGAUAAUGACUUAAUUUAAGUGCUACAUAAUAAAGUGAAGUUUCUUUUUUGAGUCA